CUUGGUGCAUUAUUUCUGUUCUACCCAGCAAAGCGACCAGAGAGGAGUCGACUAUUGAUUUUCCAGUGCUUAAACAGGGGCACGCCAGGCUGUAAUUUACGGUGUCCUUCAUCUCCCAGAGCGCCAAGCACCGUCCGCACACAGUCUCUAUAACCAUGUCUACGAGUAAACAGGAUCUCACUGCGUCUUCGAUGACAAUUUCGGACCAAGAUGUUGACUUGGGUAUAAAACAUACCAGGAAGAACUCGGGCUCCCAGCGUCUCUACUACCUCCUGGGUCUGGUUCUGAUCGCCAUCAUAGCUGUGUCGGUGGCCCUCGCUGUGGUCGUCACCAGAGAAGACGAGGACGAUAAUAAACAGUCAGUACAAUCUGGAGCUGAGGCAAGCAACCAGAGGAAUAGAAACAUCCACCCGACAGCAAGCGUUAAACCGACAACGACAGCGGCGAUGAUGAACGAUUCAAACAUCAUCACGUUAACGAGAGAAGUCUGUAACUCACCUGAAUGUGUGCAGGCAGCUGCAAUAUUACUAGACUCCAUAGAUACUUCAGCGGAUCCGUGCGAUGAUUUCUUCCAGUACGCAUGCGGGCAAUGGCGCCGAAAAUAUGUGAUUCCGGAAGACAAGGCAAUCACCAGCGUAUUCUACCAUUUGGAAGACGACAUAGCCAUUACGCUCAAAUAUUUACUGGAGAAAAAGACAGACGCAGAUGACAUUGAAGCAGUUCUGAAAGCAAAAAAGUUGUACAGAUCGUGCAUGGACUUAGAUGAAAUCGAGAAAGAAAACUUGACAUCUGCACGGAAGAUGAUACAGGACCUUGGCGGCUGGCCGGUGUUGCACACGGACUGGAAAGAAAACAGUUUUAAUCUGACCAACCUUCUUACAGCCAUAAGGCAAUACACCAAUAGUCCUCCUCUCAUGGAUAUGCAUGUCCUUGCCGACUCAAAAAACCCAUCAAGGAACAUCCUUUAUAUUGACCAGCCUGCGUUGGGGUUACCGACCAAGGACUUUUUUCUGAAGGGCAGAGACGAUAGCAAGCUGUUGGCGUAUGAAAAAUAUGCCACAGAAAUGGCAAUUAUCUUCGGCGCAGACUCUGUAGCAGCAGCACAUGACAUGAAAAAACUUGUAGACUUUGAGAUAGAUAUAGCAAACGCCACUGUAUCGUAUGCCGAUAGAUGGGACAAGGAAAAACUUUACAACAAAAUGUCAAUUGAAGACCUCCACAACAAAUAUCCCAAUUUUGAGUGGUUACAAUAUUUUGGUGCGACGUUGGGACGACACGAUCUACAAAUAACUGUGAACGCGUCCACACCUGUCAUCAAUCGAAAUCCUGGUUAUAUAGACGAAAUAGUGAAUAAACUCCACACAAAAGAAAAAAGAACAGUACAGAAUUACGUCAUUUGGCUUACUCUCAAAAUGAUGUCAGGAGCAAUGCCACAACGAGUUCAAGAUGCGUACGGCGAUUACAGAGAGGCUUUGACUGGCUCUGCAAUACAGCCUCCUCGCUGGAAAGUUUGUGUAGGUGAUGUCAACGAGAGACUCGGCCUGGCUAUAGGGAAACCAUUCUUGGAAGAAAUGUUCGAUAGCAAGGCUAAGUAUAUGGCGGAUGAAAUGAUAGAAUACCUGCGAUCAGCCAUGAAAGAUUUGUUAGACAGCAAUGAAUGGAUGGAUACAGAAACUAAAAUCAAAGCUAAACGAAAGGCAGACCAAAUGCAGCCGAAGAUAGGAUAUCCACCAGAAGUGAAAAAUGACACGCUCCUUAAUGAGCGAUACAAAGACUACGAAUUUGAUGGGAAAACUUAUUUUGACAUCGUGCGUACCUACUUGAUCCUUGGAACUAAAGAACAGCUCCAAGAGCUCCUUAAACCCGUGGACAGAAACGCGUGGAUAAUGCCCCCGGCCACUGUCGACGCAUACUUUGACCCGGAAACGAACCAAAUCGCAUUUCCAGCAGGAAUCCUGCAGCCGCCAUGCUACAAAUAUGGAUACCCACAAUACCUCAAUUAUGGAGGGAUUGGAUACGUCAUAGGUCACGAGAUCACUCACGGCUUUGACGACCGUGGACGUCAGUAUGACGGGGACGGUAUACUGAAGCAAUGGUGGAGUAAUACAUCUGUCAAGAACUUCAAAGAGAGAGCAGAUUGCAUCUCUAAACAGUAUAGCUCUUAUACCGUGGAGGAUGCCAACAAAAAGUUAAAUGGUGAACAGACGCUUGGUGAAAACAUAGCUGACAACGGGGGAGUGAAGGAAAGCUGGCUGGCUUAUGAAAAAUGGCUGCAGAAGACACGGAAUGGUAAACCCGAGCCCUUUCUUCCGGGACUGGACUACACGCCAGAACAACUCUUCUUCCUGAAUGCUGCCCACUCGUGGUGUGGCUUGGUACGGCCGGAAGAAGCAGCAAGACGAAUCCUCGUUGAAAUACACUCAGAUUAUAAAUCAAGGGUUAACGGUCCAUUACAAAACAAUAAGCAGUUCAGUAAAGCCUUCAACUGUGUGUCCGGGAGCUAUAUGAAUCCAAAACACAAAUGCGUUGUGUGGUAAACUAAGAUUUUCCUACAUCCAGACUGAUACGAAUUUCAUACUUCAUGUGAUUUUAUGUGUUUUUUUAUUAUUUUGUGUGAUCAUUCAUUGAAAAAAUAAAUGUUCUUAAUUAUUGCAUAUGGGUAAUUUUUAAAUCACAUAUUAUAUAAUAAUUAUUGUUACACACAUGUAUGUACUGACUGUACCUUAUUAAAGAAGUGUUUAUCACCACA